AUGUUGAAGACGGCGCAGUCCUUGUGUGCUGACAAGAGCGUCGAUCUUGUGGUAGCAGCAGAAGCAGCUCAUUGGUUCGAUUAUGAUCAGACUUGGCCUGAGCUUGCCCGUGUCGUCAAGCCUGGUGGGACAAUAGCCUUUUGGCUCUAUAACGAGAACGUCUUUCCUAAGCAUCCAGUCGCGACAAAGAUCGUGGAUGAGCAUUGUUUUGGGGGAGAGGGUACUAUGGGCCCUCUCUUCCAACAACCCGGUCGACAGAUCUUGAAGGACCUUCUCAAGGCAGUUGUACCACCAGAAGAGAACUGGGCUGAUGAGACGAGAAUAUUGUAUAACCCAAGGCACAAUGGGUCUGGAGAGAAACCUACUGGAGAGAGACUGAUAUAUCAGACAGUUACUCUCGGAGCUUUCGAGGAAUACGUAAGGACCAUCAGUGCCUAUCGUGGCUGGAUAGACAAGUAUCCUGAUAGAAAGCCUAAGGCCGAUGGUGGCAAGGGCGACAUUGUAGAUGAGAUGCUAGAGAAGAUGGUAGAGGCUGAGCCAGAAUGGAAGAAGAUUGGGAAUGGUUGGAGGGACAUUGAGGUUGAGGCGGAAUGGGGUACCGUUAUCUUGCUUGCUCGCAGGAAAUAA